CCCCGAGUAUGAUCAUGAUGGCGCCUCCAUUCGUGAAAGCUGUUGCAUCGGCUGUCACGAUGCCACGUGGAUCUCUCAGGCCAUGGGCUGCCGUAGAUAACACAAGCAGCAGAGUCUGUGCCAGGCCAACAGCUGCGACCGGUCGUUGCCACGUGGAUGCGCUGACGCCAUUGGCUCCGGGUGGAGCUGCGGUCGCUGCCGCCGUCUUCCCCGCCUCCUCUGCCCCGAAGGCCGUUGACUUUGACUUCGGCCCGGCGGACCGUCGUCCAUACCAUGGGGUUGCAAAUACCAAACAUGAUUUGACAGUGGUCGGGCCGGGCUCAUUUGAAGGACCUGGUGCGAUUGCGGGGGUUCAGAAGGCCACCUGCAGAGGAAGGGGGCGAACAGGAGGGAGGAGGAGGGGGGGGUUGGGUGGUACCGCGGACCUACAGGGAGGAGGCUCCAGGGGAACGAAGACUCUGCGGAGUAUUUCUUGCCUGGGCCAUUCGUAUGGAGGAGGUGGAGGAGUUGGGGAUCAUGCUGUUGGGGGGAGGAGCCCUCAGCAGCGGGUCCAACUGCUAGAGGGGGUCAAGCAGCUCGACCACGCCGUCUGGCGUGGUCCUUCCUUGUUCCACCCAGGGGUCGUUCCUCUAGCAGGAGGCCUUCUAUCGACCAUGGAGCAACCAGUUCACCUCCUGUCAGUAACUCUGGAUGGCGGUCGUGGUAGUAGUCCCAGUCCUUCCUUCCUGGACCAUCUUCCUGCUCCUCCCUUCCUGGACCAUCUUGCUACCCCCUCGUCCUCUUCGUCUGCAGCCUGUUGGGUUGCACCUGCUGCUCCGGCGGCUGCUCUUGCUGCUGCUCCUGCUGCUGCUCCUGCUGCUGCUGUUACUCCCGGCCAAAGGGGAAGAGGACUCUUCCAAACGGAAAGAGACUGGUCUAAACGGAACGGACCUAUCAAAAUGGGAGGUAUCAGGAAGGUGGCGGCUGCGGCUGCUGCCGGUGGUGGUCCCAUCUUUGGUCCUUUGAAGACGUGGCUGGUGGUUCAGCCGCCCAAUAUCCCGCCAGAGGUACCACCGAAUGUGUCACCCAAGGAGAUGCCUGGAACCCCUGCGGGUGUCCCGGCGGCUGCUGCGGCUGCUGCCGGUGGUGGUCCCAUCGUUGGUCCCAACUUUGGUCCCAUCUUUGGUCCUUGGAAGACUUGGCUGGUGGUUCAGCCGCCCAAUAUUCCGCCGGAGGUACCACCGAAUGUGUCACCCAAGGAGAUGCCUGGGACCCCUGCGGGUGUCCCAGAAAUCCGACCGCCUGUGGAACCUGUGGUCCCAAAUCCGAUUAAAGCUGUUGCUUUGGCUGUCGCUUUGCCUCGUGGAGUCGUCGGGCAAAGGGCUGCUGUCGACGGCGGUAGUGCCGGUAUUACGUCUGCAGCGAAGUUGCKUGUCCCCAGUGGACCUGUUGGUGGCUUCCCGGCUUCCGCUACGGAGGUGGUUGAAUUUGACUAUUUCGGGAACGGAGAAGACAGGUGGGGGAGGAUAAAGGCCCAAUGCCGCACCUCGCCGCAGCGGUCACGGUCGGGGCCGGCGCUGCCACAAUUGGUUAGAAACGGUGGGAGUGCAGGGCUGCGCUUACGGGAGGCAGGGAAAGGACGAAAUGAUUUCUCAUCCGCUCUGCUACAGCUUGCUGGGAAUUGCGGAAACAACAGGGUCAGUGGCGAUGUGGAUAUCGGUCGGCAGGUCUUACGGUCAAAGGCGUUGAACCACCGUGCAUACCACCGCACUCAAGCCCCCAAUGCAAAUCCAGGUUUGCUUUCUUGUUUUGAGGGACCCGGUCUGGUCUCGGAUUAUAAGGCAUCCGGCAGAGGAGGAGUGCAAAGGGAACGGAGUGCUACAAGUGGUGCUGUGGGUACAACCACCAUAUUGCAAGGAGGACAUUCAACGUGUCGGCAAGGGAAAACUCUGCUGCGGCCGAUAUCGUGCUGCUUGUGCUUGCACGAAGGAGGUGGACGUGUUAUGGGGAGCUCACGGUGGUACCAGUUCCAACUGCUGGAGUUGGACAACCAGCAGGACGAGGGUGGCUGGAGUGGAUCUUGUCCAGUUAUGGGUCUGUCCUCAUUGCAGCCAUGGAUCGGAUUCCCUGCGCCUGGUGUAGAAGUGGAUGAAGAAAUUAUUACACUUGAUGGGGUAGGAGAGAACAGGCCUUCCGCGAGGUUCACGGAUAAGGAUGGAGGCAAGCAGCGGUUCCUCUUGGAAUUAGAGUUCGUGCAGUGUUUGGCCAAUCCUGCCUACAUCAACUAUCUGGCGCAGAAUCGGUACUUUGACAAUCCAUCGUUCAUCAACUACCUCAAGUAUCUGCUAUACUGGACCAAACCUGAGUAUGCCAAGUUCAUAGUGAACUGAUUGAAAAUUUGGCUUCCUCAGCCUUUGCCGCCGCCGGAGAUUGAGAAGAAAGAAGCUGCAGCGGUUGAAACAAAACCACCGGCGGUCGGUGCAGGUAAUAAUAAUAAUAAUAAUAAUAAUAAUCUGGUCCCGCCGAAGGCGCCAGACGCACCGCCGCCGCCUCCUGGGGCCACUGUCCCAAGCGGUCCGAACCGUCUGGCAACCAGUGCAAGAGGGGUCGUUGGGGCAUCGACGCAGACGAUGGACCCCGUGCGAGGAACCAGCUUUGCCGCUGGUUCUGCCGGCCAUGGGGGAGGAGGAGGGGGGGCAGUAGGAGUGCUAGGAGGUGGUAUGGGUGGUGGGGUGGGAGGGGCGGGGGGAGCAGGAAGCAGAGGAAAAGACGGGGAGAGCGCAAAGGAAGUCGUCACCGCGCCGGCUCCUAUACCCAUGAGGGAACCGCCGGAGUUUGCGCGGAAAGCGUGGGGCGUCAACCGACGACGUGUUGUGGAUUCUGCGAUGGGCGGGCGGCAGGAGGGACUCGUUUCCACAAUGAAGAAAGAUAUGCCGAGGGAGAGACGAGAUUCCGCGCGAGGAGCAGGACGGGCUGAUCGUGCCGAGGUGAGCAGGGACAACAACAGCAACAGGGGUCAUAGCUGGCAGGACGAGAAGGGGGGGGGGGGUCCAAGGAGCGGAGCGUCAGCCAGCACCGGCAGCGGUGGCGUAAGCGGAAAGGGGAUGGGCAAGGAGGACGCCGGAGAAAGGGUCAUCCCUUCGUGGCGUAACAGAGGGGUCGGAGCAGGGGGGCGUGCUGGAGGAGGAGGAGGAGGGGGAGGAGGAGGAGGAGGAGGGGGCACUUCCAGUGGGAGUGAGCUGAGGAAGAGAAAGUUCUCCCCCGCAUAGCAGUGUAUAAGAAGAAUGGAUGGAUAAGUACCUAUCUUUAGAUACUCUAAAAUAGGUACAGGUACAGAUACGGAUAUUGAUGAGAUUUCGAUAUAGAUAUGGAUAUAGAUAUAGAAGUAGAAAUGUACACAUAGGUAGGCAAACAUACAUCUGCGUGCUUCUACGGAAUCAGGGCGUUCGUAGUCACACUAGGACUUCGCUACUGAAUCUUCCCACAGUUGAGGGCAGAUACGUAUCGUCCUGGAAAAGUCCCAGCCUGACUGUUUCAUAUUUCUGCUUCCAGUUCUUUUUGCAACGCCGGAUGCAAUAAAAUUCAGUGUAGGUAAAUCCGUGGCCGGGAGAGCCUACGACCAAAUCAAGCAGGCCAUGGGUGUGCUAGGCUGGCGAAAAGAUUGGAGGGCCGGAUGCAAUAAAAUUCAGUGGAGGUAAAUGUGUGGCCGGGAGAGCCUACGCCCAAAUCAAGCAGGCCAUGGGUGUGCUAGGCUGGCGAAAAGAUUGGAGGGUUGGUGGCUUCCGUCGAGUGGAGUGGAUGGGAUGGGUACCAUCUCGACCAUCUCCCCCCCCGGAAUGUAACACUCGGUCACAAUAGCUGCAUUUGGGGCAACUUUCAGCUCAGGUACAGGGAUUCUGACCAGCUGUUCUGUUCGGGUGAAGAUGGUAAUUGAAUGGCAUCGCACAGCUGGUUGCAGUCUCCAAAGCAAUCUCGUACGUACGUAUUUGGGCCAACUUUCAGCCCAGGUUCAGUGAAGUCUCAUCUGAUCUUCUCCACAUCGCAUGUUCACAGUCCAAAGGAUUGUCAACAUUGGUCCAAGUUUUCCUUUUAUGAAAUUCUUUUGUCUUUUUUUCACAGAUGUGCUUACUUUUUGCGGGAAAAAAACGGAUCCAGUUGUUGCGGGAAAAAAAAGGAAGGAACCGCUUGCCAGAAUGAAUUGCAUGCAAGUGA